GUCAACAUCGCGGGUUGUCAAUUUAAGCUUAAGCAAAAUCGAAAGAAAAUCAUCUACCUUUCAAACUUUUGACAAACUCCUCAACAGCAAUUUCAAAGCCGACAAGAUGUUCGGACGCUCCCGCAAUUCUCGACCAGCCAGGAACACUAGUUCUACUGGUACUCGCGGCCAUUUCGCACGCUCAGCUCAUGUUCCGGUCUUCUUCGGCAUCAUGUUCCUUUUGUCGAUCGCCGAGCUCUUCUUCACCAUCGACAGCUUCCAGUAUCUACAAAAGACACAUACUUGGGCUUCGAGGACCGAGAAAUACCGUCUAGGCUUCUUGAUCUUCUCGAGCGCGAGAAUGAUUGCGUUGUCUGCUGUUUACAUGGGAUUGCAUUGCGCGCAGAAAGUCUUCCAUUCGAUGUUUCACACGAUAUUCUUGCUCGUUUCGACAAUCCUCUGGAUCGUAUCAGGUGUCCUCAUUCACUCGAUGUGGGGCAUCAUUCUUUGCAAACAAGGUGUCGGACAUAUUCGGGGUGGAUUGACAGAAUGCCAUGAGCUGAAGAUCAUCGAGAUUAUUGCGUGGGUGUUGGCUGGUCUGAGUGUUAUUGCAACCAUUCCUGUGCUGAUGGACGCAUCGAAGAGGCGCAAAGAGCAAGCUGAGAGAAAGACACAUACAAGUGGAUAAAGGGGUUGGAAAGAAAUAAAGGGUGCCAAAUCUCUGUACUUGUAUGACGUAAAGCGGGGAUAAGUCUAGAUGGUGCCCGCAGAGAAUUGAGAAUGAUCCCAACUUGCAAAAUGU